UCCAGCGGCCCGCCCGCCGGGCGGGGCGAUCCCGGUCUAACCGGACCUACACGCAGGCCCCGCCUCCAGCCCCCGACUGCCCCCGCCCACUUCCGCCCAAGCACCAGCCAGGCCACGCCCCCGCGCCUGGGCGCCUGACACCUGGGUACCAGGGGGAUUGUUGCGUCUGGUACCCCGACUCCAGAGGUCUCUCCUCUGCCUGCUCUCAGGUUCCCUCAGAUAUCCAGGAGGAGGAUGGCGUCCUGCGCGCGGCGCCCUUGCCGUCCCUGCCUCCCCGAGAAGAGCUUUCCUUGCCGCUUGGUCGGGAUUCUAUUGGUAGCCCCAGUGCUCCUGCUCUCUCUAAACUCUGAUGCCUGUGGCGACCCACCAAAAUUUGAAACUAUGAAGCUCAAGGGUACCCCUAAAAAGUAUUAUGAAGUUGGGGAGAGAAUAUAUUAUGAGUGUCAUAAAGGAUACUUCACCGUGUUUCCUGUCAUGGCUUAUUGUGAGCAUAAUCACUCAUGGUACCCUCUCCAGGAAGCUUGUAUGAAAAAAGAAUGUCAGAGGCUAGCUCUCCUAAAUGGUGAAGUUGUUGCCCCAAAUAAAACCUUUUCAUUUGAUCAUGAAGCUCACUUUUAUUGUGAUGAGGGUUAUUACUUAUUUGGACCCCAAGUUAUAGUUUGUAAACUUCGUGGAAAUGACGUGUAUUGGAGUGACAACCCCCCAGAAUGUAAAAAGAUUUACUGCCAACCACCUGCAGCAAUAAUAAACGGAAAAUACAGCAACAGCCACAGAACUAUAUUUGAAUAUAAUGAAUUAAUAACUUUUAGUUGUAACCCUUCACAAGGACCGGACGAAUUUUCACUUGUUGGAGACAGCAAACUUAUUUGUGUUGGGAAUAACAGGUGGAGUAAUGACCCUCCUCAGUGUAAAGUGGUCAGAUGUGAACAUCCAGUACUUUUGAAUGGAAGACUGGUAUCAGGAGACAGAGAAAAAUAUUCCUACCGAGCAGUGGUUCUAUUUGAGUGCCUCCCAGGUUUCUAUCUAAAUGGCAGCAACCCAGUGUUCUGUGGUGAGAAAAAUACUUGGGAACCUGAUAUGCCGACGUGUAUUAAAGGUUUCAAGCCUACUCAUCCAACCAAACCUCCAGUUUCACAGUAUCCAGGUUAUCCCGAGCCCAAGGAAUUCCCAUUAUUAGAAGAAUUUGAGGAAUUAGACGCAGGCAUCAUUGCUGUGAUUAUUGUUACUCUCCGUAAGUAGCCCAAACGUCAAUGCCACUUAAAUCAAAAUAUUACUGCGAGGAAGUGCAUUAUUUUUUAAAUGACUUUUUAGUUUCUAUAGUUUUUACAGCUUGAAAUGAAGUACACCAGGCUAGAACAGUCUGACCUUGUAUGUGAUAGUAUACAUUUUGCUGAUGAAUGUAUAUCCGUUUAUAGUCUACAUGUCCACUUAGUAACACACCCUAAAUACUCGAU